AGCGUGACUGAUAUGCUGAUUGAUUUAAAACAAGAGCCCUUUGGCAAAUUUGAAAAUUUUUGCCGAAUGUCGGCUACUAAUUUUGAAUCUUUGUUGGGAAAAAUUGGAAAAUUUAUUGCGAAUUAAAGUACCAACAUGAGAGAGACUAUUCCGAUUCAAGAAAGGAUUGCGGUUACAUUAAGAUUUUUCGCAACCGGUGACAGUUAUGCCAGCCUGUCUUAUUUAUUUAAAUUUUCAAAACAGACUAUAUCUAGAUGUAUAGAUGAUGUGUGUAAAGCCAUCAUACAAGAACUGAAAGAAGAAAUAAAGUUGCCCGAAAAUGAAGAUGAGUGGCUGUGCAUAGCACAGCAAUUUGAAAAUCAGUGGAACUUUCCGAACUGUUUGGGAGCGAUUGACGGGAAACACGUUGUGAUACAGUGCCCAAAUAAUACAUCAGCACAAUUUUUUAACUAUAAAUGGACUUUCAGCGUGGUACUACUGGCUCUAGUAGAUGCACACUAUUGUUUUACGUUUGUGGACAUUGGAUAUCAAGGACGGCUAAGUGAUGGGGGAGUUUUUAAUAAUUCAGUUUUGUUAACGAAAUUGAAAAUGGAACAACUGAAACUUCCGCAUGAUAGCAAAUUGCAGCCAUUAGGUAAAAAUUUGCCGUGUGUCUUCCUUGGCGAUUCAGCAUUCGCCUUAAGUCGUCACGUGAUGAAGCCAUAUCCUGGUAAUUUUGAAAAAGGGAGCACACAGAGAAUUUUCAAUUACAGGUUUUCCCGUGCACGACGUGUUGUUGAGAAUGUUUUCGGCAUAAUGACAUCAGUUUUUCGAGUUUUCAGAAAAUCGACGGCAUUACAACCGGACAAAGUGAGCGAUGUCACUCUAGCGUGUGUCCUUUUGCAUAAUUUCAUGCGAAAAAGUGCUUCUUCAUCAUCAUCUUAUUCCACACCGGGUACAUUUGAUACCGAAGCAGAUGGGGAAGUUGUUCCCUGA